AUGAAAAAAAGAGGCGGAAAAAAUACAAAACCUAAACUAUACAGUCAUAUUGCUUCGGCAAUUAUUCCGUCUGUCGGAAUUAUCGCUGUACCAUCUGCUGCAUAUCAUUUUCCUCGUCAAAAAGUUCGUGGUAGUGAAGAAUGGGGUCCACUAGCUUCAACUCUUCUUCGUGCAUCUUCGACCAGUCAACUACUUGUUCCAUCGUCAACUAUGAUGACUUCACAAGAAGAACUUCAAUAUAUAAGUUCUAUUCAAGGAAGAGUACAGGGGCGAAUCGAUACAACAACCGACGAAGAAGAAAGUGAUGAUGCACGAGAUCAACAACCAAAACGUCGAGAACUCACACAAAUUUCUGCUGCAAAGAGUAAUACACCUCGAUCAACUUCAUUAUCUGAUGCUGAAAAGCGACUCUUUGGCUAUAAGGUUAAUCAUAACGAAUCGAUCUCAACAGAAACUAGUACUGAGAAUAAUUCAGUAGCUUAUCUAGAUCCUAAACAAGCACUUACUGCUGAGUUGUCACGUUCGAUAGAUGAAAAGAAUGUUAAACGAACAUCAGUUUCAAUAACGCAUCAAAAAAAUUCUUCACCAGUAUUUAAUCCUGUUCCAAGUCAAGCAGGUCCAACAUCAACUAGGUCGGGGACUGGAGCUGAAGGUAUUGAUGAUGAAUCAAAAUCAGCAACAACAAUUCCACGUUCAUCUCUUAAUGAUGCAAGUCUACCAGCAAGUGCUCGAUCUGUAUCAUUUAAAGAGCCUAUUGCUGCUGAAAAUGAAUUUUCACCAUCAUCAAAAUCUCCACAAACAACGACUGUUCUCGCUUAUAAUCGAAAUUCUGCAUUGAAUGAUAUCAUUAUACCACCGCCAGAAGAAUGUCAACAAAAUUUGCAUGAACUUGAAAAACGUAAUUUAUUAUUGAAUGAUGAAGUUCAACAACUUCGAUUGAAUAAUCGAAAUCUUCAAAAACAACAAGACGAAUUACUGGAUCGAUUGCAAACAUCUCAAAAAAUUUCACAACCAGAAUUAAGAGAUCUAUUAAGACAAUCUGGACGUGAUCAAACAAAAGAUUUAGAAAAUUUGACUACAACACUACAGAAUCGAUGCGAUCAAUUACAAAAUGAUUUGAUGCUUAUGAAAGAUAAAUAUGAGCAAAGUCAAAAUCAAUCUAAUAUACAAGAACUCAAAAGAAAAACUCAUUUUCUUGAAGAUUAUGUUCAUCGAUUAAAUGCUGCGUCAAGUGAAUAUCAAGCAAUGCAUCCACCGAAAACAUUAAAAAAAGAAAUGAAUAAAGAUCAACGUAAAACGCAAGGUUUACCAUCGAAAGGUCCAUCGCCUAUUUGGCUGCUGAAUCAAAAAUUUCUUGCGCCACUAUUUGUUUGUUAUGAUGAAAAAUUACAUGAAAACAAAGAAUUCAUUAAAAAACUUCAAGCUGAACUUAAUGAAUUACAUGAUCAAGUUAAAAUGAUAACUAAUGAAAAUAUUCUAUUACAUGAACGACUUUCUCGGUCGACAACAUCAAGAAGUCAUGAUGCUCAUUUGUCUGAUAUCGAACAUAUUAAACGGCAAGCUUAUCUCGUCUUGGAAGAAAAUAAAGUUCUUCAAGAACAACUUAAUUUACAAACAAGUCGAUUAACUGAUGUACAAAAAGUUCAAAUUCAAGAGGUAUCGCAUUUAACUCGACGUUUAAUGAUUGUUGAAAAUGAAAAAACUGAAAAUGAUCGUAUACUUGAAACCAUUCGAAUGAGAAAUGAAGAUUUAAAAAGAAAAAAUGAUCAUUUAGUGAUGGAUAGUAAUCAUCGAAUACAUGUUCAAGAACAUGUUCAUGAAAUAAGUGAAAUGAAACGAUUAACAGAUGAAUUAAGUGAAAAACAUGCUCAUGAAAUGGAAUUAGUGCUUCGUAGAGUGCAGGAUGCUGAAUCGGCCAAAAAAAUCUCACAGCUGAAAUUAACUGAAAAUCGAAGUGAAAUUGAACGUUUAAAAGGUGAAAUCAAAGCAAUUAAAAAAUCAAAUCAUAAAUUACAAUUACGUGUGCAAACUUAUGAGAAAAAACUAGAAUUACAACAACUUAAAGAGCACAAAGUAGUAACAAUGCUGGAAAAAUCUACUGACGAAUUAGAACAAACAAAACUUGAAAGAGAUACUUAUUUAGCAUUGGCUAAAACAAAAGAAGAAGAAAUGAGUAAAACACAAGUACGAUUAAUUCAUGAUGCAGAUAAAUUAGCGGAACUUGAAGAACGUCUUGAGACUUAUAAAAGUAAAAAUAAAGAACGUGCUCAUGAAGCUCAAGAACAAAUAAAGAAACAGCAUGACAAUUUAAAACUACGUUGUCUCGAACAUGAACAACGUAUUCAAGAAUUGGUUACAUUAUUGAACGAAAAACAAGUACUUGUUGAUGACCUCAAUGCAGAAAAACGGCAUCUCGAAAUUGAUCUUGAAACUAUUUGGCAAGCAACUAAUGCGGACAAUAUGCAUAUACGUGAACAGUUACUUGACAUGCGUGUAGCGAGUUAG